GUCAGUGUGCAGAUCUAAAGAAGAAGCUCUCUCUCUCUCUCUCUCUCUCUAAAUAGAAAGAAACUAACAAGAAUUGGUUUCUAGGGGACUUUGCAUCUGCUGCACACCGUGGUAGAUCUCUCUUCACCUCCGGCGCACAUUUUGCUGCGCGGCGAUGACUCUGGUGUUUGACUCGUAGGCCGGCGGCGAUGAAUCGAAGCGUCAACUCCAGGGAGUCGUUGGUCGGAGGGAGGAAUAUCCUGGACGGAUCCCUGCACCGGCGGGGUCGAAGUCUCACCGGAUUCUCCAAAGAGGCGGCCGAGAAUUUGGAUCUCUUCUCCAAAAACCGCCGGACUCUGUCUGUUGCGUCGUCCGACGAAUCCGAAGUUUCGCUGAAAUUGGGGAGACUUUCAGUUGGACCAGCGAAGGCAGUUAGGACUGGAAUUGAUGAUCUGUUGUCAUCCGCUGAUGGAGGAAAACAUGAUUACGAUUGGCUUCUCACACCCCCUGGAACUCCUCUAUUUCCUUCUUCGGAUGGAAGUGAAUCUCAAACAACCUUAGUGGCCCCAAGAAGCAGCUCUGUAGCUAGAUCAAGCUCUACAACUAAAUCUUCAAGGCUUUCAGUGACACAAUCAGAGAGUAACAAUGUCUCAAGACCAACUAGAAGCAGUUCAGUGACUCGGCCUUCUGUCUCUACUACACAAUACAGUUCCUAUUCCUCAGCUAGAUCAUCCUCAUCCAUCCUCAACACCAGCUCAGCUUCGGUCUCAUCAUACAUUAGGCCUUCAACCCCUACGAGUCGCUCUUCUACAGCUAGAUCAUCCACACCAUCUGCCCGUCCAACACUUUCACGAUCCUCAACUCCAUCUAAAGCCCGCCCAGUGUCCACCUCUUCAUCAAUUGACAAAGCUCGACCAUCCCAAAAUUCUAGACCCUCCACUCCAAGUUCUAGGCCACAAAUCCAGGCAAAUUUAAAUUCGUCAACAGCUCGGUCAAAUUCUCGGCCAUCAACCCCCACUCGACGCAAUCCAUCUUCUUCUCCACCUGUGCCAAGUCUAUCAGCCUCAGUUGGGCGUGUUCUAUCAAAUGGGCGAAAUCCAGCACCAUCAUCCCGACCAAGCUCCCCAGGUCCACGGAUCCGGGCCCCACAACAGCCAAUCAAUCUUCCUGAUUUUCCACUUGAUACACCACCAAACCUGAGGACAACUUUGCCAGAUAGGCCACUCUCAGCAGGUAGAUCCCGGCCAGGGGUUGCUGUCACUGCAAAGGGCAACUCAGAGGCUUCUGGCCCCACUAAUUUGCCUAGAAGACAGUCAUCACCCAUUGUCACUAGGGGAAGACUUGUGGAACCUGCUGGAAAGGGGCGCUUGCAUGCCAAUGGCCAUGUUGAUUUACCAGAGUCUCGAAAAGGUGCACAUGUCUCAGAAAUGACAACGAGGAAACCUGUAAAAACUUCGACAGCCACAGAGAGCACUGGAUUUGGGAGGACGAUCUCCAAGAAAUCACUGGAUAUGGCUAUCCGGCAUAUGGACAUAAGAAGCAGUGCAGGUCGCCCACUGUCGGGCACCUCCCUCUUCCCUCAGAGCAUUCGCUCUGCCACUGCCAAAACCCACUCUAGCCGUGCAACAAGUGCUCCAGCUUCUGUCAACAUCAAUGGAAGUCCGCCUUUCAGUAAUGGCAGAAUAUCAGAGAAUGGAAACGGAAACUAUAAUAGUAGGUCUCCAGAACUUGGGAGUGAAGGCGAUCAUUUUUCUGCAAAGGUGAGUGAAAUCGACAUGUUUGAGAGCUCCAGAUACGAUACCAUUCUGUUGAAGGAGGAUUUGAAGAGCACAAACUGGCUGCAUAGCGUGGAUGAUAAUAAGUCGGAUCAAGGACCCAUCUUUGGCAAUGGGUUUGAGCUUCUGCCUGAGCCUUUUGGCCCCUUAUAGUCUCUGGAAGUGUGUGUGCUAUUAUUAUUUUUUGACAGUCGUAUUUAUUUCCUUCAAAUGAUUUUCCUGCUGCUGAAGAAUGGAAUAUGUCAAUUUUGCAUAUUUUACUGCAGUAAGAUGCAUUUGUGGAAGGCUGGUGGGAGGGCGAAAAUGUUGAGGUUCCAAAUUGUAUUGUCGAGUCCUGCCCGUAUUAUUGGAUGGGUUUGUUUUGAGAGGAGUCUACCAGGGAGAUGGAGGGAUAGAGGGCUAAAAUGUAUAUGCGUUCGUGGGGACUGGGAGAAACCAAUCAAAUCAGUUUGAGAAAGAAUUGAAUGUAAUCGAGUUCAUUUGAUUUUA